CCACAGUGGCCAAUCAGGUCCGACAUGGGCUUACUUUUGACCAAUGAGGUUGCCUCCCAUGGGCUUACUUUGGGCCAGUGGGCUUACUUUUGACCAAUGAGGUUGCCUCCCAUGGGCUUACUUUGGGCCAGUGGGCUUACUUUUGACCAAUGAGGUUGCCUCCCAUGGGCUUACUUUAGGCCCUGCCCGCUCUUUCUCUUGUCAUUCGUGAUCGGAACAUCACAGCGAUUCAACGAGUCCGUACCUUCACAUCUUGCUAUGCCAGUAAUACUCAGGUGCUACUUCGAGUUCCUCAUCGGCGUGGAAUCCAGUUAAAAAAAAAAACCACCAUGUCGUAGCAAGCACUCGCGCGGACAGGCAACCCAAUCAGAGGGGACGCAAGGAGGAGAGGGAUUUUACUGCUCAUAGAACUAUCACCUAACAGAAAAUGCAUGCAUAUCCAGUUUUCCGUCGGCAGUCAGCCACAUCAGCCCGGCUCCUCAUGGCACCCACAAGCGAGGCCAACCGCGUGGAAAACAAAGUGUCUGCAAGGGCCCAACCCAAAGAGGAGGUACUGAAGGAGGCAUCCAACUUUGUCAGGAGCAAUGGGGGAGAUCCAUCUGACCAGUUUUUGGUGUUGGCUCACUGUCUGCUACAGUUUGGUAAAUACCAGGGUCAGAGAUUCAUUUGGCUUCUGGAGAACUCGCUUGGCUACGCAUUAGCCUUGCUGCAUAGCAUUUCCAUUGAAACAGCACUCCCAAACCAUCUGUAAGAAAAUAAGCAACUGUUUCUUCAGUACACAUCGCACAUUAAAGAGUUGCCUGGAGAAGUGGAGAAAUACGCCAAGAAGAAAGAGCUUCAGGCUCAAGUGCAGGCAACAGGAGACACGGGCUGUUUGUUGUUGGAGUUUGGAGACUUUGAGGGCCGCUCUCUGAAAGAGGUGUACGAGGACCAGAGCCACAGGGCCCAGAAACUCGUCAGGUACGUGCUACAGUCAAAUGCACGGCCCAACACCAACAUGGCCCUUUUCAAGGCAUAUAUUUUGAAAAGACGGUCAGCUGAGGGUACCAGUACCAGGGAGCAUCAGCCAUCUCCAGCCUCCAGUGCCAGCGCCUCUUCUCCUGCCCCGUCACCUACCACCAUCCAAACGGGUCCACGGACGCCUGCCUCUGUAAAAGCUCUGCUGGCACGUGGCAAACACUUGCCUCCCUCACAGCUGGCCAAAAAACUUGUGUCACCUGUGAAACCCUCUCCAGCACCGCAAUUGUCUGGCUCCAGCACUGCACAUCGGCGCCCAGAACCCAUUCCCCAACAGUUGCGCUUCCUCUGUGGCCCUUCUGAGGCCGACGAUGAGGAACUUGUGCGUGCCACACAAGAGUGUGAGACACAGCUGCAAACAGCAGCCACCAUGCCUCCUCCAACAGCCGUCAUGCCUCCUCCAACAGCCGUCAUGCCUCCUCCAAGGGCACCCUGAAGAAAGGCGACGUGGUGCUCAACUGCUACAGGUGUGCCCGUGGCUCCACCUCCCUGGAGUCUUUCCAUCUUCACCUGACUAGGUUUAUCCCAGGUAUUUACUUUCUCUUUUUUUUUUGGGGGGGGGUACUUUAUUAAUAGUUUGAUAUGACUUCUUGUGGCGGCCCAAAGGGCGUGUCUUGGUUUUUCCGCCCUCCUGCUUUUUUUUGUGUCUUCUCAGGUGUGCAAGAUGUAGCCGAUUAGGCUGACGAGGGACGCGUGGGUCCACCUGAUGCUCCUUCAAAAUGACCUGGCUCUUUUUUCUACGUAGGAGAGAGCAGCGAGGGCAAGACGACAUCCUUCUCAGUGCCUCCCGUUCAAUCUUGAGCGGCGUGCCUCUUUGAAGGACUUUAAAGUUCAUAUUCUGGCUUUUGUUUUGUUUCACUCUUUGGUUGAAUUUGUAGCGCUGGCUUUGAAAAGUAAAAUAAGUGAACUGGCUCCAUGCCUCCUCUACAUUAUUUCUCACUUGUGAUGUGAGCGUAACACUCCUUUUGUAAUGUAUGUCUGGUUGUAAUGGAAAUUGUGUUAUAACAGGAGGAGCAUGGCAUAUAAUUCUGUGACCUGGGGUCCUGACUUUUUUGUGUUCAUGUAUUUAUCCAUCAGGAACCAGUG